GUCCUCAAUUGCGCCAGCAACAAUCGCACAAAGAGAAUACAAUGUCUUGACGAAAUGCCUAUAUGUAUUGAAUGCUCCUAUCCAGUCUCACAUCUCUACACCUCCUACAGCAAAGCCGAUGAUCGCGCGCUCGGUAAAGGGGUGCGGUUGACGCAAUGUCCACGCUGCAAGCGAUUCGCGGAUAAAUAUGUUGAGCAUGAUAAUGUGGUUUUGUUUAUUGAUUUGGUGCUUGUGAAACCUCAGGUUUAUCGUCAUUUGUUGUUUAAUCGAUUGGGACGAGAUGAUAAAGCUUUCGAUAGAUCGAUUGUUCGUCUCGGUAUACUCCUGCUUUUGUUCGAUGUUUACUUGACAUGGGCGCGAAUCGAGAAAUCGUCCACCCUCUCAUCGACGCCGUUGUCCACUGCUCCGAUUAUCGUUCAAUAUCUGUUUUUUCUCACACUCAAUGCGCUGGCGACAUUGGCACAUCACUUGGUCGUUCGCCUGGGAGCUUCGAUUAUAUCGAGGAAGUCGCAACAGUCAGCUAUUGCCUCUGGAGCAGAUGGGACAAAUAAUGAAUCGCCGGCAACACCUACGGCGGCAACGAAUGUUGUUUCGACUUCUGCAAAUGUGAGCCGGUCACCAUCCAGCCAGGAUAUAUCGCAGGGCUUGCAUCCUUCAGCAUCGGCAUCGGCAUCAGCAUACAGUACCGGAAGUGCUACUAGUAGUGGACCCUCGUACUGGCCGCAUGAUGCGUCACCAUCGCAGCAAGGAGUACAUACACAAUUGCGACGUGUAUCGACUUCACCUGCACAGUUACAGCCGCUACCUCCGCCGUCACCUCCCAGCGCCAAUGCUGUCAGCACAGCAUUGUUUGUCAGUAGUUGUCCGAAACUGUUCCCCAUACUCAUGGUGAUAUGGGGAUCGAAGGAUGUCGCGGUUCCCGAGGAAGGGAGUUCAACUGCUGAUAGUCCAGCUGUUACGAUGUUGCACAAGACAUUAACGACAGUGACUUCAUCUUUAUCAAUCCCAACUGCAUCGGGGGUAUUAUUAGACAAUGCUGCAGCUACUGUCACCACAACUAUGAGCAAAAACAAUAUUGUUACCAGAGCAACAUCAGUUUUUGGCUUCCUCAGCAACCCAUCCACGAUCUUAGCGACUUUCCUCUCUGCAUUCGACUUUACUUCUUUGAUGUCCUUUUUGUCGCUAGGAACGGCAUCGACCCAUUUGGUUCUGCUGAAUAAUAUCGAAGCUCUCUAUAUUCUUCUAGAUUGCGGUUAUUUAUGGGCUGUGGCUCUUGCUGUGACAGGCCAGCUUGCGAGAUGGUCGGUUGAGAAGGUGGUUUUGGGUCUUUUUGGGAUUUAUUAGACUGCUUAAAGCCGCACAUUGUAUAAGAUUCUAGUUUAAUAGUUGAUCAGUCCUACUUUUAGCAGACAGCGUGGUGUCGGUGUAGAAGCCGAGACCCUAACCCUGGGUUUCCCUACUCAGACACUGUAGCCUCAUUCAGGUUAGUAUGCUCGAGUCCGGCGUCAUCGUCACUUGAUUAUCGGCCUAUG